AUGGUUCUCCGAUCAGUAAAUUCAUGGACGUUCCUCUUGUUCUUGGGGAUUUUAUCGCGAGUUUCUCAAUCUCUUCACUUCGAAUUGCAAUCGGGCCGAACAAAAUGUAUAUCGGAGGACAUCAAAAGCAAUUCCAUGACCGUCGGGAAAUACAGCGUCGUUAACCCCAACGAAGCUCAUCCUUCACCUCCUUCUCACAAGAUCUCCAUCAGAGUGACAUCGAGCUACGGGAACACGUAUCACCACGCGGAAGAUGUGGAAUCGGGGCAAUUCGCGUUCACGGCGGUGGAAGCUGGAGAUUACAUGACUUGUUUCACUGCCGUCGACCAUAAACCUGAGGUUACUUUGAGUAUUGAUUUGGAUUGGAGAACAGGUGUUCACUCUAAGAACUGGAAUAGUGUUGCUAAGAAGAGCCAAGUCGAAGUCAUGGUGUUUGAGGUCAAGAAACUGAUUGAAACCGUCAACUCGAUUCAUGAAGAAAUGUUUUAUCUCAGAGACAGGGAGGAAGAGAUGCAAAAUCUGAACCGAGCUACAAACUCCAAAAUGGCGUGGUUGACUUUCCUCUCUCUUUUCGUAUGCUUAGGAGUCGCCGGAAUGCAGUUUUUGCAUUUGAAGUCGUUUUUGGAGAAGAAGAAAGUCAUCUAA